AUCCUUAAUAGAACGUGAACCUUCAGGUCGGUCAGAACUUUAGCGACAACUCAAAGUGUGCGUGGCAUCUACGCAAGCAGCUUUUUCAAGCUACGGAGCGAAAUGUUUCCAGGUGUGGUGUAUCAGUUCACUAGGAACGUGCUGUUAAUCUAUGAACAAUAUAAGGUGUUUGCAUUGGAAGCAGCAGUUGUUGUGAAGCAGUGCUAGGGAAGCUGUAGCUGGAGCGCGUUCGCUACGCACAGAAACGUAGAUACGUAUUACUAUCAUUUAUCAACCAUUAUAAUUGUUGUUAAUGGCUAUCAACUGUGUGAAACCCAGAAAACGCCUGAGCGGAAAGGGAUGAUAGAUGCAAAAAGAUAAGAUUAUAGCAGAAACACUCCGAUAUAUAAUUAGUUUAUUAAUUUACACCUACCAGUCACUACCGUAUUUCGAUGUAACAUUUUUCUUUGCAAAGGUCAUUCUCUAAAACCAAGCGUAAUUAUGUGACAACAAUAUUCAGUUUAUUCCCUUAUCCCUAACAGAACCCGCAGUUCAGAUGAGAUCAGUGAUGGAAGAAGCGGCCUAGUUGUGUAUAAACGCCUGUACAAUGUGAAUUGUCAACUGCGUGUCGAUAAGGAUUAUCCGUGAAAUUACUUUAUACCACGAAUGGCUCCCGCUUUGGUCGAAAGCAGGUACUAAUAAAUUUUGAAUAAAUGCAGACACUAAGAGGAUAAGACUGCGGGGGAAAGUAUUUGAAGCGAUGUAUACAGUCAUCCUGGACAGUUCAAACGUCGCGUCAUGUUCGACCCACUCGACUGUACAUAAUCAUACUCUGCGUAUUUUGCUAAAAUUAAUCAAAUCUGAUUUGUUUACAAGCAACCAAUAAAGAAGCGAUUGCAGGCUGGUCAUCAAAAUCGGCAAUGUUGUUGCUUGCGAAUAAAUACCAUUAAGUAGAGAACAGAUCUAAUUUGUAUUCUUAUUUCAAUGAAUUGUUGUGAGCUCGUUGUAAGAGACGGCGGUAAUGAAUUGUGCAGUAAAAUAACGGGCAUCAAAUGACGAUUUUCGUCUUGUUAGCAUCCGUGCGCAUGAAAAACAAGGGAAACCCUUUGGUUCAGCUGAGAACGAAGAGAAGAUCGUUAUACAAUACGGCUUGUAUUUUGAAUUUGAAGACGGGAAGAUACGUCAUAUAUAUACAACUUUAAGUAAAUAUUAAUGAAAUUUUUUGAGGCAAAAAAGUCAACAAGCCGACAAGAACGAACGAAUUUUUAAAUAAUUUUGGAAAUGUUUUUAAGCACGUCAAAGACCGUGCUUCCCGUUUUACUUUCAAAAAGUCUUAUUGAACUACUGUAGUGCGAUAUAAGAUUAAUUUAGAACGUACUUUCGGCUUAAUUUUACUAGUCUUAUUUCUUUUUAUUACAUACAGAGCGUGUUUGGUCAUGCAGCUUGUAGCAUGCUGUUCCGCAUAAAUCUAGCGGCUAUAGAUCCCGGAUUUUGUCAACAAGGGACUUAGGUAUUUGUGCGACUAAAUCAUCUGUAUUCUGAGUAAAAGCUUAUAGAACUAGGUGAGUCGCAGACAAUGAUCACCUCAACUUAAAUGUUACUGUUCAGUUCUCUCUACGUGAAAGGACUAUCUGUUAAUACCGUAACGAUAUGCGAUAAAUACUUAAGCUCUGGGUAAAAUGCAAUUGUGUCUCAUUUGCAAACAUGUAAAAGUAGCCUCUCGUAGUAUUUUCAAACAUUCUGUUUAGAGUAUAUUAAUUGUGUCAUAUCGGCAUUUAGUGCUAGCAGUCAAUACAUUUUUUUAUACAACUACCUAAUAAUAAUAACUAAUUCAAAUAAGAGCUGGCUAAAAUAGCAACAAGGUUUAAUCAGAAAGUGGGAAAAGGCAUUUUGUGCUCAUUGACAUUUUUAUUAACGAGAAAUUUAUUUCUGAAAAGAAGUGGAAGAUCCCUUUUGCUGAAGUGAUGAUGAAAAUAAACAAGACAAUAGUUAGCGUCAGUAUUCGACAGUAGAUGCGAGCUGUUCCGCAACUUUAUUCGGAUUUACCUUCCCCGUCUGUCCGUUGCGACACCUAAAUCUCUGCGUAUCAAUGAAGCUCACAAUAGAUUAAACUCAUUAAACAGGUUAAACAACUACUGCGUAAGAAUAGUGCAGAUAACGACAGAGACACUACACAUUUCAACAGUAAGAUUAUGUAGCUCGCAAGAAAACAAAUCCUAAAUGGCAACGAAGCAUGAGCUCUGAGCGUAGCUCAAGGGCCGUACAGAUUCGUUGCCCAGUAUUCUAUUUGAGUUACUUCAUUUAUUGGAGGACCAUGUUAGAACCAUGUUUUCUUCUAAUACUAGUGAAGCCACAGAUACUACGGAGAAAGGCUGUACCUGUCUACGAAGGCUCGGAAAUCAUUGGGGUACAAUCGUAUCGGGUGCCCUCGUUAUUAUCUGUGGUGGCACCUACAUUUUCCUUUUUCUCGGCGCGCACGUUACAACGCAAAGAACUGGCGCUUACUUUACGAUACUUGUACCGUUCGUAUUUAUCCUAAUAUUGCUAGUGUGGUCAUAUUUGUUGACCCUGUUCACUUCGCCUCGACGAGUCCCUUCGCGGUUUAAGCUGUCUGAAGGCGAAUGGAACAUGCUUGAACAGCUUGUCGACGCACCAACUGACCAGCAGGAGUUUGUCAGUCGGCUAGCGGCUGACCGCCAGAUUGUUAUUGCGGUGCCUAAUGGCCAAAUCAAUGUGUGUCGCCCGUGUCGACAGUUGAAACCCGAACGAACCCACCACUGCCGACGGUGCAGGACCUGUGUGAUGCGUAUGGAUCAUCAUUGUCCGUGGUUUAACAACUGCAUACAUUUCCACAACUAUCGAAGCUUCUUCUGUACAUUGUUCUACACGACGCUGAUUUUCGCUUAUGUUGCAGUAUCAAUCUUGUGGUACUACACAGCCGCUUUUCAAUGGCAUCUUCAGUCAACCGAGCUUCACGAAGCCGUCCUCGCACUGGUUGCGGUAUCGGCCGUAGGCAGUCUUGUGAUGGGAGCCUUCUCUUUUUACCACUUUUAUUUGUCCUGUAACAAUCGGACGCAUAUUGAAAAUCUGAACCCUGAUACGAAUCGACUGUUCAGUUUGGGCUCGUCUUGGAAAAACUUCAAGGCAAUGCAUGGUGCUUGGUAUCUUUGGUGGCUUCCUCUUACCUUCCCUGACCACGACGGAUGCACGUUUAAACGAGUGGUCAACUCACCAGAGCCGCGUGAGCGGCAGCCGCGGUGGCAUCGUGUUGCCGAACUGUCUUACCCGAUUCGUCGCGGUCAUAAGAAUGAAAAACGGAGUUACUGGUCUCCACAUAAGGGACUACAUAAAAUGAAUAAUUCGUCCCCACGACAUGGAAGUAAGAAAUAUCCCCCAUUCAGUGAUCAUUACGCCUACGCCCUAAAGAGCUUGGAGAGAGAGCCAGUAUAAGAUAUUCUGAUUCUACAAAAUGAUCGUCGUCAGUUUACGUCAAACAGAUCACUCAAAUUCCCUGGAGCCCAUAUUGUGUUCACAUGGGUUAGGGACACUAAACUGUGAAUCACGUGUUGUCUGAAUAAUUGAUCACAGUACGGCAUGGGUUCGUCCGAGCAAAGCCAGCUAUUGAAUCAAGAUAUCAGCUAAGCGAUCCGUCCUUUCCUGGAGUCUGGUUCAGAAGAUUUAACACGCGAACACAAAGGUUUUAACAAAGGGGUACCGAAGCUCAAUAUGAAAACGCUCGUUUAUGAGAUAAAGGUCGCGCAGUGGAUGCGGUCGCCGUCUGCUUGAAGCUAGCGAUAAACUAAGUGAAACAGAAACGAAAACUUGCAUAG